ACCAAAUAGCUUGUGUAUUAUAAAUGCCGUAAAAGCGAGUAAUUGUCUAAUUGCGUUUGCUUAGUGUCUCGCAUUACAUAGUAACUUGUGUGGGCUUUUAAACGCAGCGAUACAGAAAACGCAGCCUCUUGCCCAACGUAUGGAAUACGAAAAUUUGUCGCUGAAUAUUGGUGGAGGGAGCGCUGUGGCCGGUUCCGCGAAUACGAAUGUGAAUGCGAAUGAGGCGGAACAGCAACCCAAUAUGUGUGGUGGACAGGAGGUACUAGAGGUUAAGGCAAAAGAGAAGGCGCGACGCUAUUGGUCGCCCAGCGAGGAGGAGCGCUUGUAUGAGAUCUGGGGACGCGAAAACUGGCGCCUCACGCGAAAUGGCAAAAACACAAUAUUCUUUGCCCAGUGGUCAGAGGAGCUUCACGAGCGUUAUGCAGUUGAUGUAAAGCCCGAAGAAAUACAAAUGAAAGUGAAUCAAACAAGAGCUAAAUUUCGGCAAGUGAAAAAACAGCUGCAAAAUGAUCCAGCCACCUUUCCAACGCGAUGGAAGAAGUACGACAUGAUAAAUCGCAUACUUAAGAAUUUACACAGGCCCAAGAAUGCGGAGCCAAUACCGCCAGAGGUGCUGCUUAAUAAUAGGGAUGUUUCGCCCAUAAGAGAGGAAGAUCUGCAGCAACAAACACAACACGAACCACAACGACAGCAGCAACCGCAAGCCCAAGCCCAUGCCAUACGCAUUGUGAAUGUUGAGCCAUCGAGCAAUCAGUUCUACAGCAACAAUAAUAGCAACAGCAACAACAGCAGUAGCAACAAUAAUAAUAACAACAACAGCACUCUUAACUUUAGCACCGAAUUGUUCACGGAUCAGUACGACGAAGUCAAGCAGGAGUACGAUGAUGAGGAUUAUCGUUCUCUACCAUUUCAAGAGCAAAUACAACAGUAUUCUCCAGCAGAGUCUGCACAGUUGCUCGAGCUGCAAACACCACUGCAGCAGCAGCAGCAACAACAACAGCAAAUUCAGCAACCACAACAUCAACAAUACCAGUCCGAGUAUACGCAGCAAAGCUAUGCUGGCGCUCCAGCUACUGCUUAUCACAACAAUACUAACAACGGCGGCACCAGCACCAACAGCAACAGCAACAACGUUGUCGCCAGCUCGUCCAUUAAUCCACAGGCCAUUACAGCUGUCGCCUACAUAAACAGCAGCAACAACACCAUUAGCGUGGCAACUAGCAAUACCAAUAGUAAUGGUAGCAUGCAACCUCCAGUUGCCACAGCUGUUAGCAAUAGUAAUACUGGUGCGGCAAGCGGUUCUUCCACGCCCAUACCUACACCACGUAAGCGUGGGCGGCCCUUUGGCUCAGCCGCGCUCCAAAGCGAUUCGCUGGAAGCUCUCUUCAUGGAUGAAAUGCGCCGCAAGAAUCAAUUGCUGGCUGAGCAGACGAAAAUCGCCCGACAGCGUUUGGAGCUGGAGGAGCGCAAGGUAGAUUUAUUGCAAAUGUUCCUUCCCAAAUGCUUGGAGCAGCAGAAUAACAUUGUUGCACGUAUCAUGCAACUGCCACAGAUGCAGCAGCCGUCAAUACCGCCACAGCAGUAAAUUUAAUACAUGUAUGUAUAUCGAGCUAAAGCGUUCUAUGUUUAACACUUAAAUUAGUCAACUAAGUAACAAAAAAACAAUUAUAAACUUAAUUAAAUGCAAAGAAUUCAAUUUCUACAUGUAGGCAACAAUUGUUCGAUGUUGCGCGCUGCGUAAUUAUCGCACCAUAUUAUGUAUCAAACGGUUCUACUUUAAGCCGAUGCUCUGUUUAUAUAUCUAAGCUUAACUCUAAUAAAAA